AUGCGCUUGUGGCAGUCCACGGUCAGAUCAGGCAAAACGGGGUGGUGUCCUUGAAGUGGCCGGGCGGUGGCAAGCGAAGCAGGUCGUACCAUAACCGGCAGGGCCCUCCUCCGAGCUAGGAGGAGGAAGGGCCCCAGAGACCGAACUCGCAUCGUGAGGUCCGUGCUUCCUCGAUGGACCAGAUGCACGGCGGUGGCGCCGGCAGGCGGGUGAAGGUGGUGGGGAAGGUAGAGAGGCUCGACGGGCAGUCGCUGACCUACUCCGAGUUCGUCGACCGCUUCAUGAAGCCGAACCUCCCCGUCGUCCUCACGGGCCUCACCUCCUCCUGGCCAUCCUGCGAGGACUGGACGUUCGCCGGCCCCGACGACCGCCGCCGCCCCAACCUCCCCUUUUUCGCGCAAAACUUCUCCUCCCCUCGCGUUCAGGUUGCCGACUGUUCCGCCAGGGAGUACACGGACCACAAGCGGCUAGAGAUGUCCAUGCAGGAAUUCGUGGACCAUUGGGUUAGGAAUUCGAAUACUGUUUCAAGCAGCGGUCAUUGUGAAGCUUCCUCGCUUUACCUGAAAGAUUGGCAUUUUGUUAAAGAGUACCCUGAUUAUGUCGCAUACACCACACCACCGUUCUUCGUCGAUGAUUGGCUCAACAUGUAUCUUGACAGUCAUCCCAUGCAUAGAGAUUCUGACAUUGCCAACCACAAAAAUGAAGUAAACUGUGCUGACUAUCGAUUUGUUUACAUUGGAGCAAAAGGAACUUGGACCCCUCUUCAUGCUGAUGUUUUUAGGUCAUACAGCUGGUCAGCAAAUGUGUGUGGGAGAAAACUAUGGCUCUUUCUGGCACCAUCGCAGAGUCAUCUUAUAUUUGAUAGGAACCUACGAUCAUCGGUUUAUGACAUAAAUGAAGAUGUUUCUGAAAAGCAGUUUCCUGAAUUCAAUAAGGCUGAAUGGAUAGAGUGUAUUCAAGAGCAGAAUGAAAUCAUUUUUGUGCCCAGUGGGUGGUACCACCAAGUCUAUAAUCUGGAGGAUACUAUAUCUAUCAACCAUAACUGGUUCAAUGCCUACAACCUUCAUUGGGUGUGGAACUUGCUUCAUGAAGACCACAAAGUUGCAAAAGAGUAUAUUGAAGACAUCCGCGAUAUAUGUGAUAAUUUUGAGGCGCUUUGUCAACGCAACUUGGCAGCAAAUACAGGCAUGAACUUCCAUGAUUUCUUCAUUUUUAUCACACGGUUUGUUUUGGUCAAUGUAAUUGAGCUUUACCAUGUCCAAGAGCCCGAGGAUGCUAAAGUCAAUUUGCCAGAAGCCACUCACCAUUAUGUGUAUAACCUUAUGCAAAUUCGGGAAGUUGCAUCUAAAAUGAUUUCUGCAGAUGCUUUCAGUAUUGAGAAUCUUUGUGUUAUCUCGGAAGGAAAUCGGAGUGCUAUGUCAGAUGUUACAAAAAUAUUAAAAGACGAUGGCUUCAGAAGGCUAUGGAUGACAUUGUCCGAGGCGUAUGAAUGCAUUCGCAGGGGGCAAAGAAUUUUGUACGAAGUGAGAUAUUUAAAUCAGGAAGGCUGUUUGUCGGUGACCUGUUCGAAAUCUGAUUGUAAUGUUGUUGAUCGCAUUACAUUUUUUAUGCGUGAAAUUCAUGGACCUGAGGAUCUGGUGAGGUUAAUUGAUACUGCUCUACCCGAGAGAUAAUUGUAAGCGCAUAAUGCGUGCGUAAACUUCCAUGCAUUUAUAACCACUGUUGGAUUUUGGUAAGACUAGCUACAAUGAAGAGUAACAUACACUAGUAACAUACACAUAUUUCUGGAUAUGUUACUACCUUUAUAGUGGGUAGUAAUAUAACUAUGGUAACAUGCAAAGCUUCAUUUAUUAUGUUAUA